AUGGGUUCCAACCACUCUUCCAGCCGCUCCGUACCCGUUGGGCCAAUGCGUCUAGUACGGAUGGCGGGCACUUGCGAUGCAAAGGGUAAAAUGAUGAUCCAGGCUCGAAAUACUCAGGGCGGACCUAUCUAUGCUGGGUGCUACGCCUUUGUCUGUAGUGACAGAUCUGAAUACAUGAAUAACGUCACAGUGACCACCAUUGAUAUCAAUGGAGCUCUGGCAGAGGAACAGACCAUACAUCGGAGCAAAGAUGGGCAUCCGUACAUCAAGCCAGGUGUGGCCCUGCCAGGUCAGCCUGCCACUUACAAUGGUUUGCAGCUUGAUUGCACUAUCAAGCCCGAUAAACCUUACUUCAUUGAGGUUUGGUAUUACCCAUACGCCAAGGAGCUGUGA